UGGACGCCAUUACUCUGCUUUUACGGGGGGCCUGCUAUAGCUCUACGCAACGCUUUACGCUUUUGUUUACGGUCGUAUCUCAUUCAGUGCUCGCGUACGCGUGUGUUUGUGUGCGAGUGUGUUUGUGUGUGUUUUCAGGUGUUGCAAUCCACCUUCGAUCAACUGGUGUCAACCGUUUUUACCGGUGUCAAUCAGAGCCGCUUCCGCCCACGCAGCCCUUCGCUAAAGCGCCCAUCCAAUACCCGAACCUCACGAAAGCGCUCCAUUUUUGCCGCAAGAUGUCGCACUCGGUCGUAAUCACGCGGACCACCACCACAACAACCAGCACGUCGCAUCUAGUGCUGAACACCGGCUACCUCCGCACGACACCAGGACUCCUAAAGCUCGCCCAGCUGAUCAUCGGUGCGGUUAAUGUCGGCUUGAUUGCGUACUACAUCCGGCACUACCCGACAGCCUACCUAGCCGCUAGUGCUGAGUUCUUCUUUCUUCUCAUGGCGGUCGCCUUCCUGAUCGGGACGUUCUGUCUGCUAGUGUCCUGUCUGGUGUCGCUCAGCACCGGUGGUAUCAUUUCAAAGACGAUCUACGAGCUGAUCUAUCACACCAUCGCUUUUCUGCUGUACCUUAUCGCCUCGAUCAUGCUGCUGGUGGACGUUACGAACGGGCGGUACUACCGCACGAUAAAGGACGCCUACAUGGCCGCAUCGGUCCUGGGGCUGAUAGUGUCCGCGCUCUACCUCUUCAGUGCUCUGCUCGCGCAGCGUUCCUACCGAGGCAUUUAAGCUGGAGGGCAUUAACGAGUCCAACCCAGUGCUUCCGCUUCUACCACCUAUAGGCCAGAGAUGGAAGGAUUGUCGGACGUCAAGGAUUCCGUGUGCCGCUUUGCCGUGUGUCUAACCAAGGUCGCAUUUGGCCCCCUAAGCAAGGGGCACCGUUCGUUGAGUGUGUGUUUAUGUGGUUUUGUGUUGCUGUACUUCUGCUUUCUGGCUCCCUUCAGCUAGCUGAACCUGCGUUCUAAAUUUUUAUUCACGAGUUUUCCGCGUGUGAAGUGGUGUGUUUCAUACGCGCCGGAAAAUAAGUCAAUAUUACCCUCCAGAAACACGUGCAAACUCCCAGUAUUAAAAGCAGAAGGCUCAGCUGCUUAGUGUCAGCUUCCGUUAUGCAGCGCAUCUGCGAUCUUAAUAUUCAUCACCCAAUUCCCAGCACCCAGGAAGAACCGAACUGCAUCAAUGCAUCCGCGCGUUGCCAUUAAAUCAUUAUUUAUUUGAGCUGCUACAACAUAUGGAAACACGCCUCACCAGGGAGCAGGGUUUACGAGAGCUUGACUCACGAAGAACCCGCCUGCAGUAGCUGCUGACGAAUGCAGCAGCUAUGCGAACAAGAUAUAUACAAAAAAACGUCCAAGAUCGCAUUUCCCUGGCAUGCUUCUCUUCUUUCGAAGACUGUACACAAACGGUAGAAGGGAGCUCUAAACGUUAAACAUACCCGACAGAGAUUCUAUUUUAUGGUUUUUGCAGCUCGAUCGGCUUUUUUGCCAGUACUUUUUGUAUUUAUCGUGUAUUAACCGUCCCAUGCUCGCGAUGAUUGAGAUCGUAUUGUACUUCACCUAUUAAUCGUUGUUCGUGUGUCUAAACUUGUAUGUUAUUAUACUUUUUUUCUUUUAAACACUUAUGAAAUAAACGAAGUUUUUUUUGUAUCAAUAU